GAUCAUGUGAUAGGGCGAAGGGCUGUUUUGGUACUGAUUACUUAUACAGUCUUAUCGUGAUGGAGGCCCAAAUUCACCCUUCCCAGAACUAUAUACUGGCACUGUAUUCCCAACGUACAGGACAUCCUUUCGCGGAUACGAGCUCGGGCUAACGCACGGAAGAGACCAGGAGAACCACAAAGAAACUUGUCAAAAUAAAGAUAUUUCCCAUCCUCAUCCAGACUAGAGAACGAUUAUCACUUCCCCGAUGUUCAGUAUCUCUAAACGGCCAACUGUGGCCCGAACACCAACUCGGUCUGAACAGGUCCGACUUCUCUGGGUCGACUUCGAAUUGUGGCACGUCGCUCAAUCGCAGGAGAUUGAAAACAAGAUAAAAGUCGCCCUCAAGGACUUAGAUCAGAAAUGGCGCACGAAAUCCCGUCGACUCAAAAAGGAUUCAAAAGAGCUGGAAGAAGAAAAAACCAAAGCACGCCUUGCAUUGGAAAAUACACUGGAUGGUAAUGUGGUACGACAAGAAUGGGAAAGGCGACUUAGCAAUGCAGGCUUGGUGAGCGAGGAUUGGGUGGAUAUAACAGACGAAGAGCAGCGGAAGGUAGAAAUGAUUCUUGGGGCUGACCUCGAGUUCGAGGAAGAUGAUCACCGUCGCUUUCAUGAAUCGUAUGCUGUCGUGGACCCCAAUUCGUUCCAUUCCCUUGAUGAUGCAUGGCUAGAGGUGAAGCAGACUCUGCGAAGCGACGACCAAUUAUCAUUGAAUGCUUCCACUAGUUCAGCUUCGUCUAUUUCUGAGGCUUGGAAUGGUCCAGCUUAUGCUUUGUGGUCGUCCGAAGCCUCUCGUUCGUCCGCUCAAAGCUCCCAAACGAGUUCUCCGGAAUGGCCGAACAAAUACUUGGCCUCAGAUGCUUCUUCUGCAUCCUCGUCUCGUCCCUCCACCUCUACAUCCAUGUCUUCGUCUUCUCAUUCUCGAUCUAAAUCACAUGGACAUUACAUUGGCCCUCAACUGACCUCAGACACCGACGAGGACGAAGAAGCAUCAUUCGAGAAAUGGAAGCUAGCCCUUCGAAUUCGAAAGAUCCGCGAGUUUCAUGACGACGCUGCCGACGCUGAUACCCGGCUCACUCUGGAUCUGGACGAAGCACGACGGACGAAAAGCUGGAGCAAAGAGGACGAGGCUCAGCGUGUUCGUGCUCAUGAAGUUGAUAUGCUCGCUUUGAGGGAACGUAAGGAAAUGGAACGCAAGGCAGAUGUUGAUUCAGAGAGACAAAGGCGAAUGGCAGAGCUUAGGCAGCCGCCGUUGACUGAACGGGACUAUAACACUACAGCGCAAAAAUUCCUAAAAACUCUCCACCUGGAACGAGAUUCUCCUUCCAUUUCCGACACCCCUACUAUUCGCCAGUCUGCCUUUGUCCGAACGCGGAAGCAAUCUGCCUACAGCCCGGACCUCCACAUGGAACUUCAAAAAGGAAAAUCCUGCAUCUGCAGCUUCCACUCUUGGUGAAGCACCACCGCUGAAGAGACUUUCGACUGCCCCUGCGCAUGUUACGUCUACUUCCGGUUCGAAAGUUUCCCCGCCCUCUAUCUUCGGCGAAAGUGUUUCUGCCGGUAAUUCCAAAGUUACGGUGGGACCGACUCCGGGCCCUACCGCCCAAGUCUCAACGAAAAAUGCCCUCAACACAGUCGUCUCUGUGGCCGCGUCUGUGUCUUCUUCCAGCAAAAAGUCGAAGAAGGAGAAGGAGAAGGCAGAGAAAGAAAAGGCGAAGGCAGGCAAAAAA